UCGCGCCGCCGCCGGGCACUAUGGGGGCCCCGCUGGCCCUAAUGGUGCUGACGGCCCUGGUGGCGGCCGGCCGGAACGCGGCCUCCCUCCAGGAGCGGCCUCCCGCAGUGCCUUCACCAACAGGGAUUUUAGUCACAUCCAAAAAUUUCAGAACUGUCUUGCACUGGCAGUACCCAUCCAUGUCUGAAACUCCUCAUUUUGUUGUGGAAGUCAAACCUUACCACCUUGGCAACUACACAACUGUUUCAACUUGUGUGAACAUCUCAGCUACUUCUUGCGAUCUAUCAGAGGAAAUAAAGGAAAUUUUUCUGUCUUACUGGUUUCGUAUUAAAGCUAUUGUAGGAUCACAACAGUCUGAGUACAUUGAGACAAAUGAGUUUGUUUUGCAAAGGCAUGGAAAAAUUGGACCACCAAAGCUGAAUCUCUCAAGGCACGGUGCUGAAAUCAGAGUUGAUAUUUACAAUCCUGAAUUUCCAUCUGUGGAGGUUCAGCCUUGGCUCGAAGAAGUUUAUUCACAGCUCUCAUACUCAGUGAUGUUUAGAAAUAGUGAAAAUGAGAGCAGAAAAAAUUUCACUGUAGCAGACUGUGAGAUGAGUGAAUGUAGCCUGAACAUCCCAGUUCCUUCUGAAGGUUCCAUGUACUGUGUUUCGGCAAACGGGCAUUUUUAUGAUGAUCUGAUAGUUGGUGCCCAGUCGGAAGAAAGUUGCAUUUGGGUUCCUCCCGAGCAGGCUUGGAGUACACUAAUUACUAUAAUUGUAUCUGCAAUUAUACUGAUUGUGGGGCUAACUUUGACAGUGUGUUAUGGCUGCAAGAAGCUAAGGAAGAAAAACAUAAAGCUGCCUAAAUCUUUGGUCAGUGUGAUAAGAAACUUGAAUCUAGACAACAGCUUCGAGUCAAGAUCAGAAGCAAAAGACAUUUGUGCAGUGAGCGUCAUGCCAGUCCCAUCUGUGGGUGUCUCAUCAUCAAUGAAUGACGAUGAAGCCUUGCUGAAUAUGGAGUCAGAAGAAGAAGCUGUUACUCCUGAAAAUUUCAGUGAGGGAACAUCUUCUGGUCCUCCUCUGGAGGCAUCAGACAAAGUGGAAGAGACCUCUGUGUGGGAAGAUACAGAAAUACCUUCUGAUGUUGAACAGAAUCAUACAGAAAAUUUCAUUUCUGAUAGUAGCCAAACAGAUGUAUGUGGUAACUCCUCAGGUCCAGUGAUUUCUGCCACAGAAAUUCGACAAGCAGUCAUUCCAAGCAGCUGUCCCAAGUUUUCUGGCUAUGACAAGCCUCACGUACCACUAGAUAUGUUGAUAGACGUUGGUGAAGAGCAGCCUGUGAUUGCAUACAGGUCAACGGAGUAACUGCGAUAGCUGAAAUGUUUAACCAGAGGUUGUAAACAGCAGCAUUACUGAAGAGAACAAAGAGUCUGGGCUGUGUUUUGGAUGUCUACAGGUUGUGCUUGUACUGAUGGAAACAGCAUAGCCAGUAUCCACCUUAAUGCAAUGGAAUCUUGAAAUGGAACUGAGAAUAGUGCCUGAAAACUGUAUCAAAAACUUUGGGGAAGGAUUCAUGAUAGCCUGUCUCUUACAGAAAAGUUUGUGUGUAGGACAUGGCUUACUAUUUCUUGUUUGAACAAAAUGAUUGUGUUGUUUGAACAGUACUCCAUGAAGGGCAAAGGUUUUAUUGGGGAGUGUAAAAAGAGCUGCUGUGUCAACUAUUCCUUUCUGUUUCAAGUACUUUUCAAAGGUAAUGAACUGAAUGCUUAAUGAGUCCUUGGUUAUGACAGAGAUGUGCUAGAAAAAUUCAACUUUUUUCAGAAGUAUUUUCUUCCUUAUAUUUGCAUUCCCUAAAGUGCUUGAAGAGUACUAGGAAAUCCUAGUAUUUCCUUUAAGUAAGAAUAUAGUUGUAACUUUUUCCUGUGUCAUUUAAGAACUUGAUUUUGUGGCCAAGAACCAGUUGUUUAUCCUCUUUUCUGCAACUGCAGGUGUGUACCAGAGCCAUUACUUAGCACAUUUCAGUGAGUAAAUAUUAAACCUUUUUUUUCUUUUUUUCUCUUUUUUAUUUUUUUAACUUGAAAGCACAAAUCUUGUGAAAAGCUGUUCUUUAAAAUUUCUGUAUGGCAGGAUCCAGCUGCCUAUGUGUGUUGUGGUAAUGUCACAUUUUGGAUAGCUCCCAUAUAAGUGUACUAGCUGGUCCUUAUUGGAGUGAGGGAGGGGAAAGAAAGAAGCAUGUAACAGGCACAGGCAGUUACACAGAUUCUUUGGAAAGAGGGGAAGUUUUUUCCAACUGCAUAAGAUGCAUAAAAAUGCAUGUCUUCUUCCAGAGCAUAUUUUUCCUAAAUCUUAGAAGAAUGUAGAGUUUUCUAAUAGAAACCAGCAUUACUUCUGCCAAUCACAUUUUUUUUGCAGCAAGUUAAAAAAUGACAAAAAGGUAGUAAUUUUUGUGACAUAACUCAGGAAUCAUUAAUCAUAGAAUCACAGAAUGGCCAGGGUUGGAAGGGACCUCAAGGAUCCUGAAGGUCCAACCACCCUGCUGCAGGCUCUCUACAUUUAAUACAUACCUCUACAUUUAAUACUAGACCAGGCUGCCCAGGUCCCCAUCCAACCUGGCCUUGAACACCUCCAGGGAUGAGGCAUCCCCAGCCUCUCUGGGCAGCCUGUUCCAGCACCUCACCACUCUCAUAGUAAAGAACUUCCCCCUAGAAACUGCACCAAACUGUAAACACUCAGAAAUACAUCUCAAAAUAGUUGAGAAGUAGUGUGAUAAUGUGGAGUUCUUACAUCACUGUUAUCUGCUCUGGAUGUUUUCAUGCAAGAUUAUAAUUUUGAAAAGUAAAAGAUGUGAAUCUUAUUUUUUUUCUAUUUAAAAACUUUAGAAGUCUGAUGCCUACAAAUCAGUUAUUUGCCCUUGAGUCCACAUUUGGUGGUGUUUUUUUGUUGUUAUAUGACUGUAGGAAAUGUUUGUGAUAAUACCAAAGGUUAGUUUGAAGAAAAGGUGUAUUUUUACAGGUAGUAAAACACAGGCUUAAGGAAGUGCAUGUAGAAAACUGUCUUUGUUUUAAAAGAUAGUUUUUGUAGGUAUAUCAGAAAUGUUUACUUUCUAUAGCAGGUUGUUUUAAAGGAACAUGUACUUUUGUCCUUAUAUUUCUCAGUGGCAUGAGUAUUCCUAAUGUAAAGCUCACACGGCAGCUACUGGACUGCUUCCUUUCCUGUAGAUGACUGACAUUAACCACAAUUGUAUAUGCUGAAUUCCCAAAGGUUUGAAGACAAUAGCAAUUUUUCCCAUUCUCUGUUCACAGGAAGAUAACAGUUCCAUUAACAGUUUAGGAAAAACCAAAUCAAACAGGUGAAUUCUGUAACUAUGGUAUAAUGGAGAACCCAGCUAGAAAGAUUAAUGUGUUACCUGGCUGUGAUUUGUUCCUUUGUUAUAGUCAAGUGUGGUGAGACCCCAGGGUAAGUUGGUUUUUGUCAUGUUUGGUUUGAGUUCCUAGAAGGCACUGUAGGUGAAGUAGUGCUCAGAGUGCACUAAUGUAUGGAUAUCUUUGCUGCAGACAUGAAGAGAACAACUCUUGGUGUUACACAAAAGCUUUGAAAAUUAGAAAUAACUUGCGGUCGAACCUUCAGCUCAGCUGACUUCUCAGUUAAUGGUUCACCACUGACAAGUACUUUCAGCUGUCUGUUCUGCCAAGGAGGUGUUUCGUGCAGAGCUGCAAGGUGCUUUCAUUCUUUCACUGUCAUUUCUUUCAGGCUUUGUUUGUUUGUUUAUAAAUAGGAACUGCCAGGAAUACCUCAGGACUUGACAGAUUUUAGCUAAGUGCCUAAAUCUAACUUAGGUCUGCCUCAAGGUUCAGAAGGGAAAAGCAGGGUCUUAGAAAUCACUGCAUUAGCUUAUUUUAGGAAAGGAAGGUUGUGACCAGAUAUUAAUUUGUUGAGUAACUUUUUCCUUUGCUAACGCUCAGCAUAUUUCAGCUUAGCAUACUUUACACCUUAUUUUCCUUCUCUCAGCUUUGUCCUGAACUGCUACUGUACCCCAAGGAGAUCAAAACUUAGCUGUUGUAGGCAUUCCGUUUAGUGUGUCUGCCUCAAAACUAUUCUGUCAUAAGUAUGUAAGUUCUUGGAAAUGUGAGGUUUACGUUCUUAACUCUUUGUUGGUACCCUGCCACUGUUAGAAAAAUUAUUGCCUGAGAGUAGGCAUCAUGGAUCUGUGAACAGAAUAGCUCUCCAAUUAUUUGCUGUUCUGGAAAAGUAUUUCUUUCUGUUAAAUUUUUGCUGGAAGAGAAGUGGUAUUUUUUUGCCUGUUUGAGAGCAGGCAGACCAAGUAUUUUGUUGUUUUCCCCCACCACUCUUAGAUACUACUGCAUUAUAUGCUGUUUUUUCUGGAUCGUUCAAGAUGUUCUGUGGGCCAGUAGGCUUCGUGUUCCCCAGGCCUUUCUACAGCAGUUGUCAGCUGGAAUGUUAAGAGUGAGACUAAGAACAGAGCAAGUGCACGAUGGUAUUUCUGCUAGGAUCUGAUCUGGUUCCCAGCAGCUGCAGCGUGAAAUCUUUUUGGAGCAAGGAAUGCAGAAAUGCCUCACCAGACACAGCACUGCUUUGGCAGCUCUACCGUACCAAAAAAUUGAGCCAUGUCAGUUUGAAGAUAGAAUAGGUAGUAUUUAGUUAUACGUUUUCAUUUAUCCAUUGAAUGUAUUUAAAUGAAUAAGCUCAUACUCUUUUGGUGAGAACAAAAGCUUUGCUGAAGCUCCUAAAUAUUUGUUUAUAGUACCUUGACAGUGGAUAUUAAGAAGCCUAACACUUGCAGGGUCAAAAGCACUUAACAUGCAUGCUGCUUACUGACAUAAAAUAUCAGCUAUUCAGUAUGACACACAGGGAAGUUUUUACCACUUUUACCUGUUUCAGGUGAUUUUUUACUCUUGUUACGGCUGCUCAGCAUCUUUCUCUUCCUAUCUCCUACAGAUGAUUUGGGAGUCGAUAGAGUGCAAGACUUCAGAACGUUCUGUGCUUUGUCAAACCAUGUGCAUCACAGCCUUUGGGGCUAAUGCCUAGCAACUUCUCUAAGAGCUGCUUUCACUGUCCUUUUUGCACAGACGCUGUAGUUUUAUACUCUGUGGUUAGAGUCAUAGGGUGCUUUGAGUUGGAAGGGACCUUAAAGGUCAUCCGGUCCAACUCCCCCACAAUUAAAUAUUGCAGCAGCCAUCUGUGCUGUGCUGGCACAGAAGGGUAAAAUGUUCUGGAUUUCUAAUUUUUCUACAUAAAUAAUGUAGCUUAGAAAUAGUUAUUUACAAAUCUGUUGGCAUCUGUGAAAACAAAAUGCAGCGGCUGGGUUGCUUAGCUAAGUUUGUAUGUAGCCCGUCACUAGUUUGGAUUCUAGGUAAUAAGGUGUCAUUGCAAAAACCUGUUUUUCUCAACUAAGGCUUGAAAUAACUGACUACUCUGAAAUGGUGCCAUAUAAGCAGUUCAGUACUAGUGGAUAGAGCUAUUGCACUUAAUUCAUAUUAGUAGUUUCAGCAUGUCUUUUCUUAAAUGCACCUUUUCAUCUUCCGAGUUUCUAAACCCAAAAUACAGAUUUCCUACAGUGACCUGCAUAGAUUAUUUUUAAGUCUGGUUUUUAAAAAUUCAGUCCUUUAAAUAGAAGGUCUGUAUUUAUUCUUACACUCUGUGUUCUCUAAAUGGAUGCAAGCAUCAGACCGUGUGGAACCUCCACAGGCCUGCAGUUUGUCUCCCCAGAUGGGCAUUGUUCCUUCUCCGCAUCUAUCUGAAGACUUCACAAAGCCACCAGGCAAUCUGCUCAAGCCGUUGUCAUCCUUAGAAAGCAUUUCCUUAAUGUCUAACCCAAGCCUUCCUAUCUUCAGAAACCAUCUGCAGUGAGCCUGUCUCAAUUUUAUUACCAGUGUAAGUAGUCUAUCUUAAAAAUGUUUGUAUAUGGAAUUAAAAAACCUCAAGAGACAA